UACGAAUGAACAACGUUGUACUGAGAUCUGGAAUAUUUGCACAUUGUAGAAAGAAAUGCAGAGUCCACACAUGCACUUCAUCUUGAUAACUUUCAUCAUCCUGAUAUUCUACUUAUAAGUUAAUGCCCUUUGAGGCUUUUAUUUCAGAAGUAAAAAUGGCUUCUUCCAAAGUUAGUGUAUUUCAAAUUCUGAUAAUCUUAUGUGCCAUGCUAUAUCUCCUUCAAGCUCAAGCAGCUCAUUCGUUUGGCAAGACAUUACCCGAUAUUGGUAUGAUAAAGAUUUGUAACAUCAGUAAGAUAUAUCAAUUUGGAGGCUCCAAAGCAGACACUGGAAAUCGUAGGAUUGAAGAUGCAUUAGACCAGUGCAAUUUGCCUCCUUAUGGCCAGAGCUUUUUUGGAAAGCCUACUGGCCGUUGUUCGGAUGGACUACUUAUGAUUGAUUACAUUGCUUCAGCAAUAGGUAUCCCCUUUCUUAAUCCGUAUCUGGAUUCCAAGGCAAACUUUCGCCAUGGUGCAAACUUUGCUGUCGGUGGUUCUACAUCGCUUCCAGUAAAGGAAAAUGCUAACGUUUCUGGUACCAGGAGUUCUCUUAAUGUACAAAUCAAUUGGAUGUCUAAAUUUUUUGUUUCAAACUGCAGCUCAAAUACUUAUUGCAGCCCUUGGAGACAUGUAAAAUCUUUAUUUGUAGUUGGAGAAGCAGGAACUAAUGAUUAUACUAAUGCGUUAUUUCAAGGAAAAACUGUAAAAGAGAUAAAAAGCAAACUGAUGCCUCAAGUUGUUCGAGCCAUUAUGCGUGCAGUAAGAAAUGUUAUUAGCGCUGGAGCUGAGCGAAUAAUUGUUCCCGGACAAUAUCCACUAGGCUGUUUUCCUAUAUAUUUGACAGCGUUCCCAAGUAACAGCUCAACAGCUUAUGAUAAACAUAAAUGUUUAACAUCUUUGAACGAUCUUGCUGAAGCUCACAACAACUAUCUACAGCACGCUAUAAGCACAUUGCAAACACGAAAGCCCCACACCAAGAUUGUGUAUGGUGAUUACUACAACGCCUUUGAAUGGCUUCUAAAUAAUGCACCACAUAUAGGACUUGAUGCAGAAUCUACUUUAAAAGCCUGUUGUGGAACAGGUGGUAAAUAUAAUCUGAACUCAAACCAACGGUGUGGGAUCUCAAGUGUUCCAGUCUGUCCAGAUCCUGAUCGACAUAUUAGUUGGGAUGGAGUUCAUUUGACACAGAAGGCCAACAACCUUAUUGCCACGUGGGUUGUAGCAAAGUUUCUCUUAAUGAUUGAUUGUAAAAAAUAGUGAAACCCCCCCC